GGGACGAGCGGGGGGCCAUGGUAAAGAAAGAAAAAAAAAUAAGAAAAUAAAAUGGCGAUCUUUGCGUGCUGUAAAUCUUCGUUCGGUGCGACUGUGGACGAAAUUUUCGACUGAAAGCAACCCCCGGGAGCCCGUUUUGGCUGUGCGUACGGGUGCAUAAGGACCAGGUGCGACCGGAACCGCUGGAGUUUGCCGCGUAACGGGACCAGCGGCCGCACCGGAAGCGGAAAAUAGGCAUCCAUCCGCGGUGAAACUCUCUGCUCGCGCUCGCGGGACUAAAAAGUGGGAAAGUUUUUUCGAGAUUUUUGCUGACGAGAGAAGGAAUUUUUUUCGACGUCGUCGUCGUCGUUGCCGUGUGUGUGAGAGUGACGGGGUGCCAAGAGUGAGGGGCCUUGAGAGCGGUGAACGACGGUGUUCCUUUGGUGUGUGCGGUGCCGAACUUGGCCAACGGAAUCGACGGCAAGCCGGAACCGUUUAGCACGGCAAGUGUUUUGAUCAUUUCAGGCAGGGGUGAUUCAUUACGGACCGGAAAUUUCCGGUUGCUUUCGGACGUUUUCUGUGGCGCGGGGAAGGCAGGAGGAGAAGGACAGAAGCGGAUUUGAAGUGAGACUCGGCGAAACGGGACUUUGUUUUGGACUUUUGUUAUUUUCGGGCAAGAAAGUGAGUGUGUGCGUGAGCGAACACAAAUCACACAAGGAUUUGUUGACUUCCGGAAGGUGUUUAUACUGUGUGGAGUAACAGGAAGUGGUUCCCGACGGAUUUAGUGGCCAAGGAAUUGUUUUGCACGGCAACAAGCAGCAGCGCACACCAUAUAGAACACGAAGGACACUGCAGCAGCAGCAGUAGCAGACAGACAGACAGAUGUAACGUAACGAGAACGCAGUCUGCUCACCAAAUUUUCCUUUCUUACCCUUAACCCGGUUUUAAUCGCGGACAAGUGGCCGACGAAUUAACCAAAUUGCCUGACCGUGCGCGAGAAGGAGCAUUCACACACACGAAGAAGGCAGCAAACUGAAAGUGAAUCCGCCAAAGUAGAAAGUUUGGCCGAUUUUUUGCUCGACUUUUUUUUUCGAUUGGUGUGCGCACAUAUUAAAUAAUAGUAAAACGCGGGGGGCCAACGCCGACGCCGCGCCGUGUUUGUGUAACAUAAUAGUGCUCGGUUUAAAUUUUCACCUCGCCGGAGAGUGAUGAUUGGUGGCAAUUAGAUGUAGCCUUAAGUUCCGUACAUCUAAUUUGUGUAUUUGUGUAAGAUAAGUUUCUCUACACUAUUUAGUGCUUUUAAGUGGUAGUGGGUAUUAAAAAGGUAAAAAAUAUAAUCGAAGCAAGGUGUGCGUUCUCUUUUGCCACAACACGAGCCAAGGAAGAGAGGAAAGAGGAAGAGGGAAAGUGCAGUGAACAAGAAGAUGCUGGCGAUAAAGCGUUAGUGAAUACUCAAGAUUUACUGCAAUCGAUUUGCACGAUACGUGACUAAUAUCUUGAAUGAGCGCUCUCGUUUUUAUUGGCGGUGUUUGUGGUGUGUGUGCGUCGCACACGAACGCCGAUGUGUGUAUGUGGCGCUGCUGAAUGGUGUGUGCAAAUCGUCACACACUACACAUUAUAUUACCCAGAGCAACGAAGACAGGAGCAACAGUGGAGAAAAAUAGUUCCUGACUGGUGCCUGUGCAGCUUUCCUCGGUGCCCCUAAAACAAACAUCUCAAAAUGCAACAAGAUGCACUUGUUGGUGGGCACGUCGAUAUUACAGAAGCAGCAUCCAGCAGGCUACCAGCAGCAGCCGUGGUAGCCUCCGUCACAUCCUACAACCGGGAUCUACGUGGGUGGUGGUGGUUGUGGUGCCAACAGUAGCAACCCCGUUCCCCACUCCUCCCCAAGGGGAGCUUUUUUUGGGUUUAAAAUAUUGCGAAAAGACUCACAUUGAAGUGAGGCAAAAAGAGGAAGCAAACCAAAACUACUUCCAUUCUACGGUGUCACUGCGAGGAAGAGAGGGCGGUUGCGGUAGUAGUAGUAGUGCCUGUGAUAGUGUUUGUGUGUGUUUGUGUGUUUCGUCUGUGUUGAGGGUGCAGUAAGGUGCAUCCCGCGCGAGGGGCCAGAAAUUGAAAUAAAAAAAAGUUAAUCCCCGUGUGUAGUUGGGAGAAACAAGAAGAAGAAGCAAAAAAGGCAGAGAAAAAUUGCUGGAACAGGAAAAAUACAGUUCCUCAACUCUUGUUAAGCUGCAAAAUAAACAAUCAAACUAGCGAGAGCAGAAGGAAGAGCUCUCCGUCAUUGCGGCCGUCGUGUGCUCGCAGUGGAGUAUGAUAAUCAAGAACGGAAAGACUCGCUUUCCGUUGUAAUAUGUAGUGCAAGAUGAGCAAUGAAAAGUAGCAAGAACCUGUACUCGUUCAGCUCGGUAGCAGGUACUUUGGGAGCAGCAGCAGCAGCAGGAACAGGACCAUCAUCAUCAUCAUCAUUCUCGUCGUCGUCGUCGUCAGGAUCGUCGAUUGGUGGAUCGGCAACGUCGUCGUCGUCUCUGUCCUCUACGUCGCUGCAGUCGACGAGAGGCGGAGGUCGUGGUUUGGAUAUGAAAAAAUCGCAGAAACCAAGGCACGAUGAGCAGGACAGGAUGGAGCGGAGGGAGCGCGACAAGCAGCAACGAGCAUUUCUACAGGCCGAACGUGACGCAGAACCAGCAGCCCCGAUAUUCGCCGCGCCGGUUAAAGUGCUUAGUCCAUCGGACACGGACCUGCAGAUUGUGGCCAAGCUCGGCAACUAUGACAUGGCCAAGAAUCUCUACCUGUACGACUCGUCGGGACACAACCUGGUGGUGGGAAUCGCGAACCCCGGGACCCCGCGGUCCGGCAUGCCUGCCUCGCCGAUGCCAAAUAGCCUCAGCAUGGCCAGCUCGCUGACACUGCCACCGACGUCGUCGUCGUCUUCGCAGCAGCAGCAGUACAUCCGAACGCUUCCGCCAAAAACCAAUAGCAAUAGUAGCAGUAGUAAUAGUAAUAGCAAAAGUUCCGGCAGCAGCAGCAGCAGCAGCAAUGCCAACUUCGUCAAACCAAUGGACAACCGGCCGAUGUACAACGGCGCAGGUCGGACGUCUUCGGGGAACAGCAGCAGUAGUAGUGGCCGGCACCACAACCAGAUGUCGUCGUCGGUGGCGGGAUCGUUUCCUAAGCAUGAGGUGCACUCAAAAAACUCCCUGAUGAAUGGCGUCCGGACGAGUGGAACCGCCGGUGAUAAGUUACCCUCACAGCUGCCAAACGGACGUCUGCCUCCUCAGGUGUCAAACGCAAAAUUGCCCCCUAGAGUAAGUACCACAAGUGAUAGCAUGCUGACGCCGAUGAAGACGGAGCGCAUCCUGAGCGAGAUCAAGACCAUGUUCAGCGUGGGCACGCCGCUGACGGAGAUUGGCGCAACACCGCGCAAGGAGCCGGACAACAAAUUCUGCCUUAACAAUCCGGGCGUGCCGAAGCACAAGUACGCACCGGCGCCCACGAUGCGGCCACCGUCGUCGUUCAAGACGCCACUGGACUCAAUUCCUUCUAUGCUCAAACCUAUCGGUCCGCUGGAGGAUGACGCGCACGGCUCGGACAGCGACGGCGGUGACUCCAGUAAAAAUAAACGCAACUCCAGUGAUACCUCAUCGAAUGAAAGCGCGGGCGAAUCGUCCAGCGAGGACUCCAACAUUGGGCAUAAGGCCGGCGGUGUGGGCGGACUCGGUGCCAGCGGAAGCAGUAGUGGCAUCGGCAGCAGUCUGUCCGGCAGCACCGGCGGGGGCGGUGGCUCGGUUGGACCCGGAAGUGGCGGCAGUGAACCGACGGCGUCCGGAAGUCCACCGCAGCGGCUAAUGAACUGGAGUCUGAUGAACUUUCUGCCACCUCCGGUGCUGAACGAGACGAGCAGCAGUCACUCGCAGUCGGCCAACAAUCCUGGUUCGGUUGGGUCGAACCAUAAUAUGAACGAAAAUUCCAACUCACCGCUGAUGCCUGGGUCACCGCCGACGACGGCGACGGCGACGAUCAUUAAAAAUGAACCGCCGACCAUGGAGGAUGACCACCUUUCCAACAGUAGCAGUAACAACGAGAACGCGUUUGCCGUCAAGCAGGAACCUUUCCCCAGCGAGAACAGCACGUCCUCUCCGAGUGCCGCAGGAAUUCCAACGACCACGCCCAGUUCAGCACUUCCCGGUCUGAACGGUGGCUGCACGGAAGAUUUCACCAAACAUGAUCUCGAACACCUGCCCGGGCUGGUGAAAAGUCCCGAGGGAAGCCCUGCCGAAAAGGACUCCAACGAUCAGAUGGAUAGCAUCGAAUCGGACGAGGUCAGCCGGGCGCUGCUCAAAGCCAAGGAGCUGCGAAACAUUCAACCACUGUCGGGCAUUUCCGACAUCGACGACAAUAAUGUGGAGCCCAGCGGAGGAGCGGGGCUGGUCAGUGCGGGCAGUACCACCCUGUCACGAUCCGGCCAGAAAGUGAAACGAAAGCGGAAGACACUCAAGGACCGCGAGCGGGACGCGUCCAGCAGUAGUGACGAUGCCGGCUUUUCAUCGUUCGAAAAGGACAAAAUCACCAAAGGUCGGGGGCGACCCCGGAAGAACCCACCGGCGGCAGGUUCCAUCAAGGGCUCUUCCAGCACAAGGCAAUCGGACGCGGACUCGGUCACCAGCAGUGCCAGCAAGCGGAGACUUUCCGUCUCCUCGAGCAAAACGGUCGCCUCAACGCCCAGCAAAAAGGACGGACCAACGACGCCCGCCAAAAAGCAGACAGGCUCGCGGAAGAGGCCCGCCCGUGCCCCCACGAAACCCACCAUCAGCCGGGAGAUGCUCACGACGACGGACGACUCGGAUUCGGAGAACGCGCGCGACAGCAACGUGGCCAACAGCGAACUGGACGACAAACCGGCCAAGAGUCCGCAAAAGUCCAAAAAGGGAACGCCGAAAGCGCCCGCCUCCGAGGUGGACCAGCUGUCGUCGGACAGUAAUGAAGAGAUCUUGAACCGGAGGACGCCGCCACCGCUGAUGUCACCGCCUUUUGCUCCACUUUCCAGUGGUACCAAUAGCCAGCCGUCGUCGGUGUCGAAGGUGCUGCCCCGUAAAAUCUCCACCGCGUCGUCGGUUUCGAUCGACGAGGACGACCGGUCCGAUCGGGACGAUGACGACGAAGACGACGACGAUGACGAUGACGACCAUCGGAACGGGUCGGCUAGUGAUUCCGGAAGUGCCAGCGACGGGGGUGUCAAGAGGGAGAAGAAGAUCAACAAAAUCAAAAGUGAUAAAAACAAGAAGGACACCCUGCGCAAGCUGUUCUCCAUCAAGGCCGCCGAGGGUGGUGCCAAGGGCGGCAAGGGAGGCAAGGGCAAAGGCAAGGGUCAGGUCGUGAUCGAGGAGGUGCACCACACAAAGGCGUCCUCCAUCCAGACAACGGUGAACACCACGCCAAAUUCUAAAUCCCAGCAUCACCUGAACGUGCCAGCGACCGAUCGGAAUGCCAGCCUAACGUCUCCACCUCCCCCGCAUACCGCACCGUCGAUCGUGGAAAAAGUGCUUUUAUCUCCCGCCAGAACUGCCUUAACCAACAUCUCCCUGAUGUGUCGCAUCGAACUGAGUCGACUGCUGAAGGUUCCUCCACAGCCGCCGGCAGGUGCCAAGCUGGCCAAGGCCAACGAAAGCUACAGUGCCCAACGCAGUGCCUCCGCUCGACAAAAGAGCACCAGCCCGUACGAGCUGAAGACGCGGCGCAACUCCAUUGCCUAUUGCGACGAACGUCGACGGGUGGAUGUGCCCCCAACCACCACCACCAACUACAGACUGACCGAGGGGCUCGACCCCAAACAACUGCUGGCCGGUGAUUCGGCCCUCCUGCUCGAGAACGGCCGCCAUCGGAGCAACUCCAUCAACAGCAACGCGAGCGAACACCUAUCGCGGGAACGAAGCUCGCGGGACUUCCGAGAAACGUCCUCCCCCUCGAUACCACCUCAUCUACAUCACAACAGCAAUCACAACACCUCCACCUCGUCACUUUCCUCCGGGUCCGGUUCGGCCCAGAAGCAAUCCUCCUCAGCCUCCUCCGCCAAGCAACACCUCACGUACGACGAAAAGUUACCUGCCAAAAGCGAAAAGCUCCAGUACGGCACCACCACCACCACCCCCAACUACCCCCUCAAGGAGGAAAAGUACGGCAAAGCGCUCAACAUCAAGCACGAGAACCUCAUCAAGCAGGAGUACCUGGACGGCGAGGAUAGCAAGCUUUCGCCAGCGGCGCUCUCCAAGCUGACCAACGGGCCGCCGCAGUCGACGCAAAGCGCUGACGCAACUAGCAGCAGUAGACGGAAGCGAACCUCCAGUUCGAGCAGUAGCUCGCACAAGGAGAAACGCCGGAAAAAGGACAAAAGCGGUGGUAGUGCUGCAGCCGCAGCUGCCGCCACCGCCAGUAACGCACAGACUGAAUCCCUUGACCAAAUGCCCCCAACCAAUCACGACCGGUUAGGCGGCGUGGACCAACAAAACACCCAAGGACAUCUACCACCUGCCUCGACCACCAACACCAACACCAUCACCUCAAACAGCACCAAGCAGCAACUGUCGGAACCGACGGAAUCCGCGACAGCCGGGACCGCUCCCACCACCCAAACCAUCAUCAAGAAGAUCCACGUGUCGUACUUUGAGCGCUCGAACGAGGACGAGCUGGAGGUGCGCGACCAGAACCGGUACCUGUCGGAGGCGAAGCGGCUCAAGCACGCGGCGGACCGCGAGGGCGACCACCUGGCCCAGGCGAUGCUGUACCUGGAGGCGGUGCUGUUCUUCCUGCUGACCGGCGACACGAUGGAGCGCGAUCCGAUCACCGAGAAGGCCGCGUUCACGAUGUACAAGGACACGCUCAGUUUGAUCAAGUACAUCUCGUCAAAGUUUCGUAGCCAGCAGCAGCAUCUCACCGUGCAGGGGAACAUUCACAGCAAGGUGGCGAUAUUGAGCUUGCGGUGCCAGUCGUUGAUCUACCUGAAGCUGUACAAGAUGCGCCGGCACGACAUCAAGGAGGUGCAGCGCAUCAUCGCCGAGUACAACCAGAAGCCGAACACCACGGUGUCGGCGGACAUGGUCAACGGGAACACGCCGUCGCCGCUGUCGCCCACCUCGGUGGGAUCGCAGAGCUCCGGCUACUGCUCAGGUCAAACCGGCCAAACCGGUCCGAUUCCGGGUUCGUCGAUAAGUUCUUCCCCGUCGCCGUGCCUGCUGAUGCCGGUGCAUGUGCACAUGGCGUUUCAAAAGCAGGCGACCCUGUUCAACCACCUGCUCAACUGUCAGGAUCUGUGGGAACAGGCGGACAACCUGGUGAUACGGGGCAACCAUACAGAUUUCUUCAUCGAUCUGGACCACGAGAACGGUCCGAUGACGCUGCACAGUUCGCUGUACAACGUGGUCAAGUACGUGCAGGCCGGCAUCCAGAAGUUGCGGCGCAAAACGCUGCAGGACUGAGUCGGGAACGCUCUCGCGAGCUGCUGGUAGAAAGCGAGCGUGGUGGCAAACCAAAAGGACUGAAUGAUACAAAACAAAGAUUUUUUUUUUAAUCGUGGUGAGGCGGCGGUCGUCUAGCGGAACCAAGUUCCAGGCGUGGCCGUUACUGACAAUAAGGCGAGCAACGGCUAUCGGAGGUACUAACCGGACUGUGGAGGACUCUCAUCUAGAUGUGUAGUAUCUGUGUAGAUUUUACUCAGUUUUUUUGUAUUUGUACAGUGGGAUGGGCAAAGUUACACUUUUUUGUACAUUUUUUCUUUGCGGGUGCUGUUUAGUAGAUAGGAUAUCAUUUAUUACAAAUUCCUAUUUUUAGCAGCGCACGCGUGCGUACUGGUGAAACCAAUUUUUGCCUGCAGUGUACGACUCUAUUGGGCUUCUGAUAUUGUACUAUUUCUUGACAACAAUAAACGAUCCCUUUCGCCGGGUUCUGGCUCGAGCGAAGUGGGAAGAUUAUGUUCUCGUUGAGCCGUGGACGACUCAAGCGCGCAUUGUUUUGUGUGUCAUUUCGUCUUCCAAUCGCAACGCGGAGUUCCAGCGGGUGAUGCGAGUUUCUCUUGAUUGCGCCAGGCUCAAGUGCUCUCGUGGGCUGUUCCAAAAAAGCUAAAAGAUGUUGAUUCUGGUCCGAAACUGGUUUUAAAACUGGAACUUGUGGGAAUUGAUAACUCUAAAUAGAAACAAAAGAGCAAUUCUCACCAUCACCAAAAUGUUAUGAUUUCCUGGAUUUCCGGUUUUGCUGUUUUUGUUUUGUUUAAAUUAAAAUACUUUGGUGCUUUUUUAUGUCCGAUGAAACUGUUUUGCACUAUUCUUGGUCCAUAUAAGUUUGGCAAAUAUCCAUUAAAAAACAAAUAUUAUUUUUCUUACGCCGCCGUGCCUAUCGAGCUACAACGCCAUACUAAUUUUGAAUUUCGAAGACACUUGACGCGUGAGCAACAACUCUGUUUUGAAAAUCGCUAGAUUCACUGAACAAAGUUACCGCACUCAGUUUUCAUGCAAUAUUAUAAAUUUAAAUCUAUUUGUAAUUUUGGCUUUUCACUUUACUUAACGAAUGAACAACUUUGCGGCUCCAUUGCUCGCUAUGGGCUCUUAUAAACAGUGUUGCCAAAUCUAUGAAAAAAAAAUUAAUAUUGAAAACAUGGUCCAAAAAAUAGUUUUAUUUUUUAUUUCGAAACGAAAAUCAUAUUCAAUCGAUGUUUUUAGGAAGGAUUAGAAAUUUUCCCAAAUUUUGAUUUUUUGACAUUGGCAAAAAGUUUCGGAAAAACAGGUGUUUGAAACGAAGAAAUUCGUAUGCAAUUUUGUUUUUGUUUAUUUAGGGGGAGAGGGGGUAAUAUGCACCCCCGGGGCAAAAUGCACUCCCAGCAUUUCUCGAUAUCAGGAAGAAUUUUCCGGGGAAUAAACAUAGAAAUUGGAAGCUUAAAAUUGUAAAACUAUGCUGGAAAAGUUUGAGCAUGGUAGGAUAAAAACAGCCAAAGUUAUUUGCAAAACUUUAAAAUGUUGUGUUUUGAUCUAAUUUUUAUUGAACUUCCAAUAUGAUUUUUGGACAAUAUAAAAAGCAUUUAUUGAUAUUGUAAGUGUUUGUUUAUAUAGUUUUUACCACAAUCUUCAUUAUUCUAUAGAUAGAUGAGUCCAAAAACAUUAAAAAAUGUAUUUUUAAUUGAAUUUUAUGUAAUAAGCGUGGUCGGGGCAAAAUGCACCGCUGUGAUGCUCCCUUGUAAAAACAGCGGUGUCUUCUAGUGGUGACUAGUGAAAACUGCUUUAACCCGGUUCAUUUUGCCCCAUUGUUGUGGUGCAUUUUGCCCCGUUGUUGUAGUGCAUUUUGCCCCAAUGUUGUGGUGCAUAUUGCCCCGCAUGAUUGUUUGGAAUGAAUCAAAAAUAUUUUUAGAAAUAUGCAUUUUUAAACAAUUUUGAGGGUUUUUCAAGACUUUUUACACAUGGGUGACGAAGAAUAAUAGUUGUUUUAGAACAUUUAACAAAAUUCUUCCACAGAAUUGAUGUUAUGGUUGAGAAAUCACAGUUUUUCCUUAGGGGGUGCAUAUUACCCCCUCGCCCCUAUGUCUAAAAUUUCACUAAGUAUAACCAAAUGGCGUAAUAAAUUUCUUCUUGUUGUGAAUUUUGAGAAGGUAAGAAAAGUUAUAAAAAUUUAUGAUUAUUGACAACGCUGCUAAUGGAGAUAUUAGACUAUGACAAACAAACAAACAAACUUUUUCGUGUUUGACAGUUUGCCAAACUCGCAAACAACUUAAAAUGUAUGCUGGCUGACGUUUCUGCAAACAUAUGCAGGCAAAUAAACAAAGCAGGCAACUUGCCAAACUGUCAAAAAAUGCGAGUUUGUUUGUCAUAGUCUAAUACCUCCUUAAAAAUAUACCUUCAAAUGGCGGAGAUUGGCAAAAACCGCUCAAAUUUGACUAAAUUGGGAUCACAGAUCUCGAAUAAAAAACAGGAAAAAAAUGUUUUUUGUUCGUGAUUCGAUUAUCCGUAGUGAUUUUUUUUUUCGAAACCUUCGGACAAUCGAGUGAUUUCUGAGUAGAAACGAAAUGUUUUUUUUUAUCAGUGUUUUAAGUGUAACAGUAUUUCUGAAUUUUAUUACGCCGAUGACAUUAAACCACGAACUCUAAAUGCCCUCCUCAAAAUUUAAGUUUUCGAAUUUCGUAUGGAUAGCUGUCAAAUUUGUAUGGAAAUUGCCUGUUAUUGUAUUUCAAUCAAAUAAAGUAAAACAGCAAAUUUUCCGGAAAUUGGGGAGAAUUGCUCAACAGACUUCUUCUCGGUGCUAGUGGCACACUUUUAAAUGCUAUAAUUAUUAUUUUUCGGGGUCACAGCUUGGUAGAAAAAGGUUAGCUUAAUUUAUUGUGGUGAAAGCUGUGGGGCAAACCGCGUCGGAAAUAUCUAGCUAUCAAAGAUUAGUUAAAUUCUUCUAGUUACUCAAGAAAGCGCGCGCGUUUUCCCCUAAUAGCAACGUGUUUGUUAAUUCCUUUAUUUAAUUUUAACGCUUCUCUAGCUGUGUAAGUAAUUUAAAGAAAACAACGCUAUCGGACGAGAGGGGCGCGCUCUGAUGCUAAACCAUAUUUAACUAUAAGUAGUAGAAAGUGGCAAACGAAUCGAACGGUUUCCUGAGCGCGCGAGCACACUGAGUGUAGGUUACUUGUUGUUACUUUUUAUUUUUGUUUCGCGUUUUAUUUAACUCUUUUUUUGUCGUCAAAAUUUUACGUUCUGUUUUUCUUUUUUUUGUAAGUGUUUCCUUCUGCUAGAAAUUUAUAUAAUAUAAAAAGCUGCUUUCCUCAACGGUUUCAUAUCUGUGGCAACGCUCUCUUUUCGAACUGUCCUGUUCUGAGUUACCCUAAUCUGUAUUCUUUGCAAUCAAACUAAAGACAGUUAACGUGAUGUUCACGGCAAAACGAACACAAAUCGUUUGGUGUGUUACUACUACAAGCAUUAAAACAAACGCCAACAUGGAUCUUAAUCACAAUCACAAACAGAGCAAACACAACAGCAACAAACAACAAUACCAAGGUAACUGAAACGAAUAUGAGACAAGCAAGAAAAACAAAACCAAUAAGAAAGAGAGAGAAAAAAACAAGCGUUAUUUAAGAUUUAUCUAGUACUCGUAAGGUUAACAGGCAACAAAGAACACAUAUUAUACAUAUGGGUGUGAUUUUUUUGUUCACAUCGAAAACUCACACACAGCAAACCUAAAGUCUAAAGGAAAGGAACUAAAUGAUGAUCAUACCUUUUGAAGUAACUUAUUUAAAGCAAAACAACCAAGCAUACAAAACUUAGGGGUCAAAACGGUAUAUAAAAGAGGCAAACCACAACAGACAAACACACAACUACUAAAAGUAAUUGACAUAGUUCUAAACUAUAGUGCAACAAAGCAGCAAAAUCAACUAUUAAUCCUACUAACAGACAACAACAGAGAAAUGUAAAAACUAAAACAACAACAGUAAACAAAGAUGCUGAUGAAUACUAUAUAUAUACACCGUAGAUUUUAGGAAAAGAAAAAAACUUCGUCGAUAAGAAAUUGAAACAAGAAAAAAAAAAAACCGUGUAGAGCAAAGCAAGAAUUAAACGACACAUGCAGCAGUAGUAUGCGGCAAUACUCCUAGCCAUGUAAGCCAAAAUAGUUUUCUGGGUCGAACAGUUCGACCGCGCACUACUCAUCAACUGAGCGAAAAGAUGUGUAGACAAAGAAGAAGAAAAAAAAAAUGACAAUGAAAGCGAGAGAGUUCCGACGAACACAGAGAGACAUGCAACGGAAAUUGCAACUAAAAA